AUUUUUUAUGCGCUCCCGGGAAAAUAAAAACAAAAUACAAAAUCUUUGGACAGUUGACUUUCUCGGGAAAAGCCCAGUUUGGUUGUCAACAACUUCUUUCGUUGUGGGGGAUUCCAUCUUUAUAUUUCAGAUUGUUGCUUCAUUAUCCCAUUCAUGAACGUGGGGCUCUUUUGUUCUUUCCUUGUUGGGUUUCAUUUGCUUUUGGAUUCACCACAUUCGCUUUCCUGGAUUACGAAAAGGCUGUGCUUGGUUGCACAGUGUUGGGUUUGGGUAUAGAUUCAGCUCUCCCCCUUUGAUGAUCAGAAAUGGCUCUAAAGAAUGGAGACAAGGGAAAAAAGUCCUUCAUUCAGAAACUUUUUUCAACUAUGGAAAGGACUGGAAGGAAAAUGACUAAAGGGUUAUUUGAUUCCUCAGGAGCAAAGUCCAAUCUAGACAUUGGGAAUCUAUUUUUCUGUGGUGAAGGACCUCCUAUGUCUAAUGGUCAAGGUGUUGAGCCCGUCAGGGUUUUUGUAGCAACGUGGAAUGUAGGAGGAAAAUCUCCUCACAGUGGCCUCAAUCUGGAUGAUUUUCUUCAUGUCCAUGAUCAAGCUGAUAUAUAUGUUUUGGGGUUUCAGGAAAUAGUUCCAUUAAAUGCUGGAAAUGUGCUGGUUGUAGAAGAUAAUGAGCCUGCAGCAAAGUGGCUACAGUUAAUCAACCAGUCCUUGAACAAAUCACCUGCAGUUUAUGUGUUCAACAGCCCGACACAUCCUUAUGACAAUAGAUCUGUUGGUCUGAGGGGUCUAAAAACGACAGCCACAACUGGUGGCUCCCUGUUCUUCCCAAAGUACUCUCUGAAGGCUUUCAGUCAAACCUUCAGGACAGAGAGUGGAAAGAGGCUGAAAACUUGCAGCUGCACCACUGAAUUGGAAAGGAAGUAUGGUAAAGAUUGCUGUUUUCAGUGUCCAAAAUCAUCCAUACGUGACGAUGAAUCUUCUUCAGAAGAGGAUGACGAACCAAACAGCUUUUCUACUGCCUCUAGUACCAAGAACAUGAAGUACAGCCUAAUAGCAUGCAAACAGAUGGUUGGAAUUUUUGUAACUAUUUGGAUGAAAAAGGAGCUUGUUCAGCAUGUAAGCCACCUGAGGAUCUCCUGCAUUAGUCGUGGGAUAAUGGGCUGCCUUGGGAACAAGGGUUGUAUUUCUGUGAGAAUGACUUUUCACCAGACAAGCUUUUGCUUUAUCUGUAGUCACUUGGCGUCAGGAGAAAAAGAAGGAGAUGAGCUGAGACGAAAUUUAGAUGUCAUAGAGACACUUAAAAACACUCAAUUUCCAAAAAUCUGCAGAACACCUGCCAGUGGAGUGCCAGAGAAAAUUCUAGAUCAUGAGCGGGUCAUAUGGUUUGGGGAUUUGAAUUACCGGAUUGCUUUGAGCUACUCUGAAACCCGGAAGCUUCUGGAGGAGAAUGCCUGGGAUGCACUUCUUGACAAAGACCAGCUCAAGAUUGAAAGAGAAGCAGGACGAGUAUUCAAGGGAUGGCAAGAGGGGAAGAUCUACUUUGCACCUACAUACAAAUACAGGAACAACUCAGACACUUAUGCUGGUGACGCUACAAAAUCUAAAACCAAAAGGAGAACUCCAGCUUGGUGUGAUAGAAUACUAUGGCAUGGACAUGGGAUACGACAACUUUCUUACAUACGAGGGGAGUCCCAGUUUUCCGACCACCGACCUGUUUGUGCCACAUUUCUGGUAGAUGUUAAUGUUGCCCACAGUAGAGCUGAAAUGCUCUAAUCUCCAACCAGUAAAUAUUUGCAGCAACAAGUGAUGCCCACAAGCCAAAGCCUUUGGAAGGAUAUAUACAUAACAAGUUCUCAUAGAAAUGCUUAGCUUAGUGGGUUGAUAGAGAAAUGACACGGCUGGAAAGGAAUAAAGGAAAAGCUUAUGAGUUUGAUGAUUCUCAGGAGCCAGAGAAUGUGCUUAAUGGUCGAUAGGACCUUACGCCAAACCUGUAUAAUAUCAUUAAAGUAGAUUUCUUACAGGCCAAUGCUCUUUCAGCAAACUGAUUGCUUUAAUGAAAGGGGACAAUGAUGCUUUGCGUCUUCAA